AUGCCUGCCACUAAGCGCAAAUCUGACGCCAUGGACGUCACGCCUACGGGUAGUCCUACUAAAAAGAUGCGCCUGACGCAGCACCAGAAGCAGGCGCUGAUGGACAAUCUACAACUUGAAAUCACUGAGCGAGCACGUAAACUUCGUGCUCAAUAUGCCCUUCAGGCAAAUGAUCUCCGGGCACGCAUUGAGCGACGCGUCAAUCGGAUCCCAGUCUCGCUACGCAAGGCCAAUAUCGGUGAACUGCUCGAAAAGCACAACGCCGCCACAAACAAACAGCAGGUUGCGUCGCCUUCUCGGAAAUACUCGCCUAUCAAGGUGUCACGUAAUAUUGCCAGCAUCUCCGUAGACCCAGAAACCACACGCGACGGUAGAGCUCGGAGGGGAAGCCACGAUGGCCACUUCUCCGACAAAGAGAAUGCUCCUGCCGGUCGCGAGCCGGAACUCAAGAACCCGAAGCGUCGCGUGAAGCCAGCCGGAACAGGCGGGGCCUCCCGCGUGGCGUCUCAGGAAGUACGGGGCAACGAGAACCGGAUUCUGUCUCCCAAGUCCAACAAUUCCAGAACUUACCCCCACUCUCCCUUCCGUACAUCCCCCGAGAAGGGUCAACCCUCAUAUCUGGCGCGCCCCACCUCACCACUAAAACCGUCCAGUCCGCUGCGAUCACGCGGCGCUACUGUGUCUACGGUGAGGGAUCAGCGACCUCCUCCGCAGGUCCAAAGGACUACCACCCGUGCCGCCACGGGACCCAAGACUAUUCGGUCACCUUUGCCACGCCCGGCGACCCGACAGGGCGAGCGCAAGAAUAGCACAGGAUCUACUGCGUCUUCGGGCACAACAGUAACCAAGUCCACACGGACUGGUACUGGCGUGAGAAAGCCCACAACAGCAUCUGUUGCGGCUGCCACGAAGAGGCCGACUUCUCGUAUGCAAACUGCAUCGAUGGCUGUCAAGAAUACACCCACUGCUGCAAUGCGCAAGACAACUGCUCCGGCUGUGGCUGAACCUGCGACUCGGACUCGAGCGCUGCGCAAGCGGAUUUAG